GUGGGAACCCGAGUGCAAAUUAUCGUAAACAAAGUGUUCUCGUUCUCGUCUUACCAUAUGGACUACCUCCCAAAAAGUACGGGAUGGCUAGCUAGUUGGCAGCUUUUCCUCGCAGUGACUUCCGUGUUCAACACGGUACAAAACUUCAUCACGUUAAAGUUAACAAAGCGUAUUUAUAACCAAGCCAACGAGGAAGUUAAUGCUCUGCAGUCACGUACUUUUGGGAUUUGGACUUUGACGGCGGCAAUCAUCCGUUUUCAAGUCGCAUAUGAUAUCCAUGACCCAAACCUGUACCACUUGGCGAUCGGGACAUAUUGGAUUGCCUUUGCUCACUUCGUUUCGGAGAUCGUAAUCUUUCGAACAGCGAAUUUGAAGGGAGGCGCACUCGCCCCAUGCAUCGUCGCUACUUCUUCGUUAAUCUGGAUGUACGCCCAGAAAGAGUAUUAUCUCUCUGAGUUAUAAUUAUCAUGACAACGUCUUUUUUAUUCGAA